CUUGAAAAUCAACCUUCAGAAACAGCGCUCUCAAUAGUUUUCUACGCGUUUUCACCAUUCGUAAAGUAGAUGAGUAAUUAAAUGGGGAUCUUGACGAAAAUUAGUGUUUAUGAAUGUCUCCUUCUACUUGGCAUAUAUUCAUUUGGUCUUUUUAUAUUUAUGAGUGGUCUACUGCCGAAUGACCCAGCUACAAAAGUUGACAAAAUUGGGGAUAUAGAAGAAACAUAUAAGAUUGAUAAAUUUGUCAUGAUCGUAGUUGACGCAUUAAGAGUAGACUUUUUGUUUUCACCAAAGUACUCAGAAAAUUGGGUCAAACUUCGUUCGUAUAUGAAUCUCAAGUCGGCCACAUGUUCUGCUUCAAUUGUUCAACCCCCUACUGUGACACUACCGCGAAUAAAGGCAAUCGUCUCAGGGAGAAAUCCGAAGUUUGUUGAUAUUUUGCACAACGUAAAUGCAGAAACUAUGGUUGAUGAUAAUUGGGUAACUCGUUUGGUAAAUCAUCAAUGGAAAAUUCAAUUUUAUGGGGAUGAUACUUGGAUAAAGCUUUUUCCUAAAAGCUUUCAGGCCUAUGAAGGCACAAAUUCUUUCUACGUUAAUGACUUCUAUGAAGUAGAUGAAAAUGUAACACGUCAUAUCUCGACAUUGAUGACUACACCUGAUUCAUGGGAUGGUCUUAUUUUGCAUUAUUUGGGGUUGGAUCAUAUUGGACACAUUGAAGGACCUAAGGGAUCUAGCAUCCUUAAAAAAAUUCGUGAAAUGGAUGAAGUUAUUCACAGCAUACUUGAAGUAUUGAUGAACUCUUCAUCAAUUAUCAAUAAAAAUUGGUUAUUUAUUUUAACAGGCGAUCAUGGAAUGAGUGAUAAAGGCAGUCAUGGAGGCUCUACAACUGGUGAAAAAACAACUGGUCUUUUUAUGCUUGGAUCUAACUGGAAUAAAACAAAUGAUCAUUUAACUGAGAACACAUGUAUAACAACAAAUCUGAAACACUUGCCACAAACGCAACAAGUUGAUUUAGCCACAUUAAUCGGAUUAAUUACGGGAGUUGGUAUACCAGAGAGAAGUUUAGGCGUUCUAUCAUCUUCAUGGUUGUAUAAUUUCUGGCCAACAAAUUAUGAUCGAUUAAAAGUGCUAUAUAUGUUGAUGCAACAAAUUGGUCGUUUAUCUGGUGAAUGUGUAUUUUCAUUGAAGUCAUAUCAUAAAUUUGAGCAUAAAAAUUGUAUGUCAAGUGUAUGGAGUCAAGAACGAACUAUGGAAUAUAACAUUUUGCUAAAUGGAAUUAUCACUUGGUUACAUUGCCAAAACACUCAAGGAAAUUCAACUAAUGAAUUCAAGCAAAUUGAUUGUGUAAAAUCGGGUUCUCGUUUAAAAGGUGAAAAACUAAUUACUGAUACAGUUAACCUACUUAACGGUAUACAAUCAGAAUCUUUGUCAAAAGUUGAACAUUUAAAUAAUAAAAAAAUGAUAUUUGGCGGUAUUUUAAUGUGGAUUGUUACCUUAUUGCUGUUUCACAAGAUUCUCAAUUCAGUUAUUUACUCUUCCGAUACCAAAAAUCCUUUGACAAACAGAAAAAAUCAAAAAACAAUAAUUCAGUAUUAUUAUUCGGAUACAGCUGAUUUGAGUUAUUCAUUCGAUCCAUUAUUAGUUCAAAUUAUCUGUUGGUUCGGCACAAUUUGCUUAGUUCUACAUUCCAUCAGUUUAGCAUCAAGUAGUUGGGCUGAAGAAGAACAUCAAUUAUGGUAUUAUUUUAGUUCAAGUCUUAUAUUACUGACUAGUUUGUUAAUUCUACUUGGCAAUGUCAGUUCAAGUGUGAAAUGGGUCAUUUUAAAAAUUAUUUUUAAAAUACUUUUAUUAGAUCGCUUCCUAUUGCGUAGACUACAUCAAACUGGUAAUAAAUGGAUACAUUCACCGGAUAUAUCUGACUGGUUGUACAAACCUGAACACGUCGCAGUGUUAUGGACUUGUUUAUUGUUUUGGUGGAUUGUAUUUCUAGUAUUUCGUUUCAAAGCAAUUAUUCAUCUGCGUCCUAAUUGUUCAUUAUGGGAAAAAUGUCAAUAUUAUGCCCCAAUGAUCAGUGGAGCUUUCAUAGUUCUCAACCAAUUAUUAUAUAGAGCAGCAGUAUCAGAUUACGAACAGUAAGUUUAUAUCUUGGUAGUUUUUAAAAAAGUCUGUGUAAUGUGUAAAUAUAUGGAUGAAACAGCUUUUGGCUUCACUUAUUUACAAACAAAAGAUUGUUGAUGAUAAUUGGUGCUUCCUUAUUCAGAGAGUGUAAUAAUCGAGAUAGAACUGUGUAUAAUACCUUCUGAUUUUAAAUAGUUUUCAUUUUGUCAUUAGUCUGUGAUAUAAUGUAUGUUCAUUGCGAAUAAAGUGUUCAUAAAAAUUGCCAUUAUAAAUAAUUACUACAUUGAUUGUUAGCAACCAGCUUUGUACUAGAUUUUCCGAGCUUGUAAUAGGAAUCCAUUAAUUUUGGACCAUAUCAAUUAUUAUUAUUAUUAUUAUUAUUAUUAUUAUUAUUAUUAUUAUUAUUAUUAAUGACUUUAUUCAAUAUUAUCUUUUUGGUACAAUAUAGAAUUCUCCAGUGAGGCUGGACAGCAACCGUUGGUAAUCGCGGGUUAACUGAGGUUUGGAAUGUGGACUCUUGUGACUUUACUUAGUUGGUUAAAUAGAUUUUAAUGUCCUGGGAGUACUACUGUGAAGGUUUCACAUAUGUAGACGAAAGAAUUAUUCAGUACCUCCAAGUUUUCAUUGGUUCUCUAGGCGAUAUCACUUUUUCAUGCGGAAAAUUAUUUUCGAUUUCUACGAAUGUUAAAAUAUCUAUUUCACACUGUUCCUUUUGUCAAAUAAUUAGUUCCUUUAAAGUAGAAUGGUUUCCCACUCAGGUUUAUGGAUAGUGAUCUGAAACCAAAACGUCAAGUUGGAAGUACUUUCACAGUUCGGAAGAAAGUUGUAUUCAUGAAUAUUAAAUCCAGGGACAAUAUGUCUGGAGAAAUACUAAAGGGUGAAAGGCAUUUUAUUCAACUGGGCUCCGAAUAGUUCCCUGCAGUAAGAAUUUCACUCGAGAAGUGUCAAGGAUAAAACUGCAGCUUUGGGUCACAUCAUUGUGUAUUUAUCAGUUCAUUUGCCUUUGAAGAGCACGUUAUGUCGGCCGUGUACUCGGUAAACAAAUACCCGAGAACCACCCUGUAUGGCUAGCUAGAGAGGAAUACAAAUCAAUCAACAGUUUAAUCCUUGAACAGAUGAUCAACUCUAGUCACAUUCCACCACAAGAAUCGUCUUUCAAGAUUAUGUAUAGAAUCAAAAGAACUGGCUCUAAACAGGUUUUGAUGAUAAAUUUGCGCACACCUGACGCGAUAACAGUUUGCCAUUUCAAGCCUUACCUCUCUGUACAAAAGAGUCAUGUUCACUUCAUUGUAUGGUCAUAACAACCUUCCUAGUUUUGAAAUUGUAUACGCUAACUAUUAUCUUAUUUUUCAUGUUCUUCGUAAAGUAGGCAGUUGUCUUGUGCACUUAUUGUAUAAGCUAUUACUUUGCAUUAAUUCUGAAACUAUUAUACAACAGCAACAAAGUGUAACUCUGAGUUUCUAACCAUCACCUGAGUAAACAAUAAACUUUCAAAUGUUUCUCGCUAACUUUUUAGGUAUAUCAUCUGUGAUGUGUACAUCGAGUUUAUUUUUCAUAAUUUAUAUACUGUCGUAAUGGCAACAAUUCAAAUGUGAUAAUAUUUGAAACUUUGCAAUUUGAAAAAAGGAACUUAUCCUGUUUGUAUGAUUACAUUUAUUUACUUAGUUCAAUAUCCACUUAGCUCGAAUUGUUACCAAAUGUUAAUUUUCAUCUGACAAAUAUUUUAAGAUUAGACGUAAGAUUAUUACAAUUAAUACUGAUUUAUAGUGUUUUUAUCCCUUAAUAAGUUUUUAUUUGUCUUACUUUCAGUGAAGAUGCAAUACAAUCAGCUCGAAUUGUUUACUUGUUAUGCUUAAUAGAUGCAUUUUGUUUGUAUAAAUCAAGAAGUAUACGUUUAAAUAAAAAUGCUAAUCGUUUAUUUGGUCAAACAUCAGCAAAUUCAUCAAAAACAUUUUGGGAUUCAAUUGUUCAUCCGUUAUCUACAUUAAAUAUAGUUGUGUGUUUACUUGGUAAACCUGUGAUUACAAUUCUAUGGCUUAGUAUAUGGAUUAAAGAAGCGCUAACAUCCGAAAUGAUACAAGUAAUAUUUCAUUAUUCGGGUAUUCAUUCAUCGCAUAAUACAUUUCGUUAUAUUUUGCCAUUCUGUUCAUGGCUUAUCUACUGGACUCAAGGUUGGGUGAGCUUUUUCCAACAAGGGAAUUCCUUGAGCUUUUCUACCAUCGAUCUAUCUGCAGCGUAUGUUGGUCUUCGAUAUCAUCAACCAAUAAUAGCCGGUCUACUUUUAGCCUUUUACACUUACUCUGGACCAUUAAUAUGGCAGUUAGCCUAUUUUUGUCGAUUUGUUUUAUCUAGAUAUAAACAUUUUGGUGAAAAGUUUAAUUGUCUUGUAUUAGGUUUUAUUGUAUUACCUAUUACAUUAUGUGGCACAUUUUGUUUCUUUCUACAAUCACAUUUAUUUAUUUGGACAGUUUUUGCACCGAAGAUGUUGUAUUCUGCUGUAUUAUAUUUAACUAUGGUUCCUGUUUUAUGUAUUUGGUCUGUGAUAACCCCAUAAAUGUAAUUUUAAGCAAAAAUGUGUGGAUAUAUGUGGUUUUAUUUCAUGUCUUAA